GAGAGGAGAGAACAAUAACAAAAAAACUCACCGUUCCUUCGUCCUCCGUCAAACUUUUUGGUCGGUUCCCGGCACCGACGUGUCUGGCAAGAACAACACGUGUGAUACAUCACUCGAUCUCAGAGCUAGUUUGGAGUAGACGACUAUAAUUUCUGUUUCUAUUGAGAGCUAUGGCACUACGAUCAGUAAGCAGGAGGCUCGGGAGCAGAAUUUUGAAUCAACGUUCCUUUGUUGCUUCGCUUCACUCUCAUGCCACAAGUUUCGGGUUUCAAGAAGUAAAGGAAGAAGAGAAAAGCAAAUUGGUUGGUAAUGUAUUCACCAAUGUAGCUUCGAGUUAUGAUAUUAUGAAUGAUGUGAUGAGUGGUGGUUUGCAUAGGCUAUGGAAGGAAAGACUCGUUGGGAAGCUAAGUCCAUUUGCAGGGAUGAAGCAUCUUGAUGUGGCCGGAGGAACAGGUGAUGUUGCUUUUAGGAUCUAUGAUGCUGUUUACAGUGUCAAACGAAGAGCAUUGCAGAAAGUUGAUGAGGCUUCUCUUGAGGAAACUCAGAUAUACGUAUGUGACAUUAAUCCUAACAUGUUAAACGUUGGGAAACAACGAGCUGCUGAGAGAGGUCUAAGAGAUAACAAGUCACUCGUAUGGGUCGAAGGAGAUGCAGAGGCCUUGAGUUUCGAUGACAAUUCAAUGGAUGGAUACACCAUUGCAUUUGGAAUAAGGAAUGUCACACACAUCGAAAAGGCUCUAGCUGAGGCUUAUAGGGUACUCAAACGGGGAGGAAGAUUUUUGUGCCUUGAGCUCAGCCAUGUAGAAAUUCCGGUUUUCAAAAAUCUAUACGAUUUGUAUUCUUUCCAGGUCAUUCCAAACUUAGGGGAACUAAUCGCCGGGGACAGGGAAUCUUAUCAGUACUUGGUUGAGAGCGUUCGUCGGUUUCCCCCUCAGGAGCGAUUUGCAUCAAUGAUCGCAGAUGCAGGAUUUGAGAAGGUGGAGUACGAGAACCUUGUUGGUGGAGUUGUCGCCAUUCACUCUGCCAUAAAGCUCUGACUUUUUUUUUCCUUCUCUUUUGCUUCAGCUGUUUCAAAACCCAAACUGUAAAAGUUGGUAGGUAAAAUAAGGCUCUGCUUAAGAGCUUACUACUUAACUGUUGAUUCCCACUAUUUUUGAGGAAAUUUUGUUGAUUUUAUCUGAUUACUUGUUGUAUUACUACAUGUAUAAGUAUAACAAUCAAAAUGGGGUAUUUGUCUCAAUUCAAAUUAAACUGAAACACAAACC